ACAAAACACACACACACACCACGCACACUACACGUAUUCAUGGGGUGGGGCACAAGUGUGCCACUGUGCUUGUGUGGAGGUCAGAGGACAAUGCGCAGGAGUCACCUCCCCCACAUGAGUCCUAGGGCUGGAACUCUGGCUAACGGGCUUGGCAGUGACACCCUUACCUUCAGAGCUGCUGCGCCAGCCCAGAUCAACACACUUUUUUUUUUUUUUUGGCAAAUAUAUUAACUGAAGAAAGCAACGUCUCACUUCUUCCUUCUAGUGAAACCACACUCACGCAUAAAUUAUACGAUUCUUAUUUGCAAUCUCAUCAAAAUUUUCACUGAGUGCGGAUAAUAGUGGAAGGCGAACACAGCCCUGGUGGUGGCAAUGAUGGUGAUGGUGGCAGGCAGCAGCUGCUGGGGAGGUAUCCGAGCAUCACUUACUGGGUCACAGUUCCCUCCUUUCUGGACCCAGCUACCACUGGAAAAAGGGCCUGUUUGUCUGUCUUCCAUAUCCGUCUGCAAAGACAACCGGACAACCUCUCGACCUCCAGGGAAACUCCCUCAGAGCAUCUCGCUAGGACCCUCUGCAACAGUAGGUGACAACAGCUUGCCCCACCUGGUCCACCAGGCUUGCUUGCUAAGCUGCCAACUGGGUAGCAACAAGCUCAGAGGUCUCCAAACCUUAAGGGAUGCAAGCAAGGUUCCAUCUCACAGUGUGCCAAGAGGAAGAACCCCCAGCCAGUUCGACUGUGCCCAGGCACCGAUGGUCCCCUUCCCCCUGACAGCAUCCUUGUCACCCUGAAGGAACAGAACCAACGCCAUCUUGUGAAUAGGCUUCCAUCUUGAGACAUCUGGUGACUGGGGGCCUGGAGUGUGUUGUUUAGCAGGAUUUAAACAUACAUCCCGGAUACAGCCAGCUGGGAAACAGGACAAUAUAGUUUAACAAAGGCCAGAUGUUCCUACAGAUAUCCUAUAUCCUGUCAACAUUUUUGUGAUUUCCUGUAGACAUGCUGCCAGCAGUUAGUAGCUUCCUGCCUAUAGCCUAGCCAAUGAUUUUAAAGAAUGACCUCACCCUGCAUCCCCUCACCCAGUCAUAAAACGCCAAGAAACCCUGCUCGUGGUUUUGGUUUUUCCCUAUAUAAACCCUUCGUAAUAGGGAGUGGGGCCUUCUUCCCUCACUAGCUGUCCUGGAGUGUUGGACAAGGUCCUUGCCCGGGCUGUAAUAAAGAAACCUUUGUUCUUGCUUUGUAAAGUUGGCUCCGUGGUGGUCUUGUUGGGGGUCUUGCGACGCGGGGAAUAACAACCCUCUCCAGAGAUCCCGGCCCCUUGGGAUCCCCAGAGGCCUGCAGAGAGGACAGGAGCCUGCAGGAAGGGCAGUGGUAAGACCCAGCAGCACACGUGCAAGCGGCAGGAAACGGGAUCCCAAACCCAAAGGCACAGCUGCCGGCGAGACGGAAAACCAGCGCGACGGGGGAGGAGUGCUCGGCCCUUUGUUCCCGCCCUAGAGGCGGAGCUGAGAUCUGAACCCGCAAAAACGUAGUCUCGGCGGUAGCCGAGCCUGGACCUCCGUGUCCCGACCUUGGGAUUCCGGGAGACCGGCUGCCGUUGCUGUCCUUCGACCACCCAGCCCCGCAGAGGCUCAGGUGCAGCCGCCCCAUACCGGGCCUGGCUCACUGGGCUGCGGCAGCCAUGGCGCGAGAAGACUCCCCUCGGGACAGCUACCACCUGGUCGGGAUCAGCUUCUUCAUCCUGGGACUGGGCACCCUCCUCCCCUGGAACUUCUUCAUCACCGCUAUCCCGUACUUCCAGGGGCGAUUGGCAGGGGUCAAUAGCACAGCUGAGGCUCUGAGCACCAACCACACCGGCCCCACAGACUCUUACAGUUUCAACAACUGGGUGACGCUGCUGUCCCAGCUGCCUCUGCUGCUCUUCACGCUCCUCAACUCCUUCCUGUAUCAGUGCAUCCCUGAGGCGGUGCGUAUUCUGGGCAGCCUGCUGGCCAUACUGCUGCUCUUUGUCCUGACAGCGGCAUUGGUGAAGGUGGACCUGAGCCCGGGGCUGUUCUUCUCCAUCACCAUGGCAUCCGUCUGGUUCAUCAAUUCUUUCUGUGCAGUGCUCCAAGGCAGCCUUUUCGGGCAACUGGGUACCAUGCCUUCCACCUACAGCACCCUCUUCCUCAGCGGCCAGGGCCUGGCCGGGAUCUUCGCUGCCCUUGCUAUGCUCAUGUCCAUGGCCAGUGGCGUGGAUGCCCGGACCUCUGCCCUUGGGUAUUUCAUCACACCCUGUGUGGGCAUCCUGCUCUCCAUCGUGUGCUACCUUAGCCUGCCCCAUCUGGAGUUUGCCCGCUACUACCUGGCCAAGAAGCUGUCCCAGGCCCCAGCUCAGGAACUAGAGACCAAAGCUGAGCUCCUUCAAGCUGAUGAGAAAAAUGGGAUUCCCAUCAGCCCCCAGAAGGCAGGCCCAGCUCUGGAUCUUGACCUUGAGAAGGAGCCGGAGUCAGAGCUGGAACUAGAGGAGCCACAGAAACUGGGAAAACCUUCAGUCUUUGUUGUCUUCCGGAAGAUCUGGCUGACGGCGCUGUGCCUUGUGUUGGUCUUCACAGUCACCCUGUCCGUCUUUCCUGCCAUCACAGCCAUGGUGACCAGCUCCACCAGCCCUGGGAAGUGGAGUAAAUUCUUCAACCCCAUCUGCUGUUUCCUACUCUUCAACGUUAUGGAUUGGCUGGGCCGGAGCCUGACUUCCUACUUCCUGUGGCCAGAUGAGGACAGCCGGCUGCUGCCCCUGCUGGUGUGCCUGCGCUUCCUGUUUGUGCCCCUCUUCAUGCUCUGCCAUGUGCCCGCGCGUGCCCGGCUGCCCACCAUCUUCUGGCAGGACGCCUACUUCAUCACGUUUAUGCUGCUCUUCGCCGUUUCCAACGGCUACUUGGUGUCUCUCACCAUGUGCCUGGCACCCAGGUCUGGGGAGCGAAGGGCUGGGUGCUGUGCCGGGGAGACCCUAGCUCUCAGGUUGCUGUCUUCAGCUCUGGUGUCAUCCUAUAGGACAGGCCUUCGCUGUGGCACUUGCCCCAGGCUAGGAUCUGGGGAUGUUACCUGUCGAGGUGGCCCAGCUGUUUUCUCCAGGGGUGGUAGGGCUGGGACUCUCAGACAAGUAAGCAUGGCAAGAACUAACCGGGACAUUUUGUUAAGAAUUGAAGUAAUGGAAUACCUGCGAAGGCCCAGAGAGAUCAGGUAUUCUUUCUCAGCGCCUUCAUUUUACAGAGGAGGGAACGGAAGCCCAGAGAAAGACCAGGUUGUAGUGACACAGGGGGGGGGUCAGACCCAGACUAGAACCCUAGUGCAGAGAGGACAUCAGAGAGUGCAGAAGCUGUCUCUAAGGUCAGGCCCCGCCUUCUCCAUUUAAGUUUCUGUUUCUCUGUGUUCCAGGCAGGUGCUGCCACACGAGAGGGAAGUGGCCGGAGCCCUCAUGACCUUCUUCCUGGCCCUGGGACUGUCCUGUGGAGCCUCUCUCUCCUUUCUCUUUAAGGCUUUGCUCUGAGAGCCCUGAGUGCUCCCCACAGCCCUCCUCUCUCUCAGCACGGCUUCUGGAGCUGGGACUUUCCCAGGGGAUGACCUUGGCUACUCUAUGCCUCUUGGUCUGUGGGUGCCAGGAGGGGCAGAGACGACCUUGGCUGGGUGCCAUAUUGCAUGUGGCGAGGAAGAAUCCACCAGCAGUCGUUCUGUCCCUCACCCAGGAAAGGAUGGACCUCACUGAGACGCACAAAGGAACGUACUGGAAGGCAAUACUCAGGAGAAAGAGGGCGCAGGGCCAGGCCUUCCCUGCCACCAGGACUGCAUUUGUUCAUCCCACCGUCCACUGACCCCAGGGAGCAAAGCCACCGCAGGCCUUGCUGAGGACACCCUGAUGGUCUCUACCUCAGCUCAGAGCGGGAACUGGGGCCAGCUCCAGAACACUUCCACCCUCUCAUCCCCAAGGCGUGAGGUGCCAUGGAAGUUGAGGGGAAGAGAAAGCUCAAGGGACCAACCUCUGAGCCUCCAACAGUGUUUUUUCAUAGUCAGUACUCCCUAGCAUCCAGACAGGCCUGUCUAACACAAAGGCAGCUAGCUUGCAUGUGUUGUGCACUGCACUUUACUGUUUGCAAAGUUGUUCCACAACCACUCUCACGGAAACCUCGGUGAGGCCUGUAGAACAAGCUGGGUGGGGACUGUGCCUCCCUGAGGUGUCCCUUGACUGGUCCAUGGAGAGUGAGGCCACAGCCUCCUCCUUGCAGGUGCUGACCUUCCAGCUCACCACUUGCUUCUCUUUCUCAAAGGUCUCCAGGCAGGUGCCCUGGGCACUUGCUACCAUCUUUUCAUCCCCGUUUCUCCUGUGACCCUGUUCCUGAGACCAAUAAAAACUGUUCAUUUUUA